AGCCUUAAACUCGCUGGGUGGGUUUUCCAGCCUGGGAAGAAGUCCCUCAAGCCAGGAGCUGGACUUCUUGAAGUAAGCGCCGAUCUCCCCUCCAGCCGCUCUGCCCGGUGUCCUCCUCGGCGCGGAGCCCCCGGUGCCCGCUUACCGCCGGCCGCCAGGAAACUACAAGUGAAGAAGUCGAAUGUUUGCUUCAGCUGGAGAGAAUAUUUCCCACAUCAUAGCGGGAAAAGGUGAAAAAGAGAACCAGAGGAUGUUGGUAGUAGGUAUCUACAUGACAGGAAGCCGUGACUAGCAGUGUGACUGUCAACAGGAAACAAAAAGUUACAGCCAAUGUGGCACUGCCAUACAAUACACUUUCUGUGUCGUGUUGCCUGAUGGACUUCGGGGCCUUGGGUGCAGUGUAUGUCUACGUGAGGUAUUCUCCUGUCCAUUCACCUGCUGGAGUUUGAUUUAUUCUGCCUCUGGUUAAUCCGCUUUGCUGGAGUUGGAAAGACCUGGGGAUUUUUCUUGACACCUGCUACUGUAGAGGUCUUGACCAGCUAUGGGGAGAACAGGGUGUGUGUGAGCAACCUUCACUGGCUGGCAGCUGAGUGCUCUUCAGACCCCCGGCAGCUUUGAAGUGUCUUGGCUGUUCAGUGCUCUGCAGAUAUGAACGCUGAGCUUUUCUGGCACGUUCUCACAUUGGCCUGGUCGUUCUCACCAUGCUAGUACAUGGGAAAGAAGACUUCCUCUCAGAUGUAGCUUACAUCGUCCUGGAACUGAUCAUCGCAGUGCUGGCCAUCCUGGGGAACAUCCUGGUCUGCUGGGCAGUCUAUUUGAAUAGCAACUUGCAGAACGUCACCAACUAUUUUGUGGUGUCCCUGGCUGCUGCUGACAUCGCCGUGGGCAUGCUGGCAAUCCCCUUUGCCAUCACCAUCAGCACUGGCUUCUGUGCCUUCUUCUAUGGCUGCCUUUUCAUUGCCUGCUUCGUCCUGGUCUUGACUCAGAGUUCGAUCUUCAGUCUCCUUGCCAUUGCCAUCGACAGAAUCAUUGCGAUCCGCAUACCCCUCAGGUACAAUGGCUUGGUGACUGGCUCUCGAGCUAAAUGUAUCAUUGCCAUCUGCUGGGUAUUAUCUUUCAUCAUCGGCUUGACACCAAUGCUAGGGUGGCACAAACGCUCCCACAUCGAAGAGCUGGGUUUGAAUAAGUCCUCUCCCAUCAACUGCAGCAACAGUAUGGUAGCAUGUCUCUUUGAGGCUGUGGUCACCAUGGAGUACAUGGUCUACUAUAACUUCUUUGCCUGUGUGCUUUUGCCCCUCCUCCUCAUGUUUGGUAUCUACUUGAAAAUCUUCAUGGCAGCCCGGCGACAGCUCAAGCAGAUGGAGAACAAGAUGGUACAUGGGGAACGUUCUCGCUCCACUUUGCAGAAGGAAGUCCAUGCAGCUAAGUCUUUAGCCAUCAUUGUUGGGUUGUUUGCAGUCUGUUGGCUUCCACUACAUAUUAUUAACUGCUUUACCCUUUUUUGCCCAGAUUGUGACCAUGCUCCCCUCUGGCUGAUGUAUCUGGCUAUUAUCUUGUCUCAUGCCAACUCAGUUGUAAAUCCUCUAAUUUAUGCCUACCGAAUCAGGGAGUUCCGAUACACCUUCCGUAAAAUCAUCAGCCAGCACAUCCUGGGCCGGAAGGAGCCGUUCAAGGCAGGAACAUCCAGCUCUAGGACUUCCGUGCAUGGUGGGGAUGCAGAGAACGCCAGCACACGAGUCAGUGAGUAUGCGCUAGAGGUGUACACCAAUGGAGAGAUCCACAGGGAUCCUGAAAAGCAGGACUUAAACAAAUGCAAAGGUGGCCUGGAGUGGCACCAGAAUGGAAAUGCUCUGGACGUGGAGACAAAUGGGCAUCUCCCACAUUCCUGCAAAAAUGGGAUUCUCUCAGAUGCAUGCAUGAACAAGGAGCUUCACAGUGAAGAGCUCAUUGACGCCCAGAUGUCUUACUCAGAUCUGGAAAGAGCACCCUUCGCAGCAGCGGAUGUUUCCUGAUGGGACUUUCAAAGUAUUCCUGCUGGAGAAUGUUUAGCAGAUGAAAUAUAGCUGUUCUGGAUAAACAAAGGUGGUACCAAGACAAAGGGAAGAAUGAGGUGACCAUCAAGACAGGCUGAAGAAGACCUCCUUGGGAGUCCAAGGUGCAGUGGGUCCAGAGAGUAAGAGCUGGGGUAAGAAGAGACUAAUUUCAUUGAACUGGAACAUCUUACUAAAAAUGGCUCAAGACCCAUGGAGAGAUGUGGUUCCUCGUUUGGUGUGAGGGCAUUCCAUGAAUUUCACCAUUCCCUGGAGACUCUUAGGCUCCAGGAUUUAUUUGCUUUAUAGGGUUUUGGAGAAAGUAAAGUUUGAUCAGUUGCCAGGAGUAAUUUUAUCAAGAGUUCUUCUUGGGGCGCUCUCCUCAAUAGGGCAAGUAAAUUUGUGUGUGCAAGUAAAUGCUCUUGCAGCGUUGUCCUGCAGAGUUUCUUUUGGAUCAGUAAUAUUUCAAAGCCAAGCUUGAACUUCAGCUCUUGAGCAGAGAAGCCAUUUGGCAUGGUGGGACAGUUGGGGUUACUGUAGACAGAAGGGGUUUGCCACUGAUCCCAGCUGGUGCCAGGAAGCUUUAUUGUGCCGAUGGACUUGGGAGUUUUAUGGAGUAUGAAUCUUUGAUCAUUCUUUGAAAAGAGGCUCCAGGGGAUGCUGGUGGAUACAGAAAGGUCUCUGAAGUGUGGGAGCACACUGGAGGGUUUGGGUUAGAUGGGGAAUGUUGGUGGUGAAGGAAGAUUGGUAGGGUAGGUGCUUGGGAGGAUUUCAGGGGAGCAGGAACGUUCUGGGGAUUGCACAGAUGGUGCUGGCAUGAAACCAAGGUGUGACUUGCUGAGGAAGGGCUCUGGGAAGGAUGUACUGUCUUACAGCUCUCCUGGGGUCGCUGCAGGGGGGCAGCCUUGCCUGACAUGAGGAGGGCUGACUUCAUAUGGUCUAUGUGUGACUGAGGUAGAGAUGGCUCUUAUGGAUUAUCUCUUUUCAGAUGCGUUGUCUUAUUUCACGAGCGUGUAACAAAAGCCCUUCUGCCUCAUGAACAGGAGCCCUAGCUGAUAACACAUCACUCCAGCCGUGUUCUUCGGGAAGGAGGAGCAUGCUGUAGCAGAGCUGCCAUACAUUAAAACUGCAGAAUACUCUCCAGUGGUGUUUGCUAAGUUUAGCUGCCUAGUAGUUUUCUCCCAGUUUGUUUUGGGUCUCAAACUGCACUGAGUCAUAGCAGAGUUUUUUCUUUCUAGCCCUGAGCUUUUGGCCUUCUUUACAGUAAAACACAUCAAGAGUAACUAAAAUCACACCAGUUCCUCAUUUGCAUGAGAGGUGACUGACCCUGACAGACUGAGAAUCCCAAAACUGAGGCAGUGUUGUGUGUAACUCCCUGUCUUAUUUGUCUGCUGGGACUGCUCUCACAAGGAUGUGCUGAAAUCCAGACCGGAACUGUUGAUCUGAGAAGGUCCUUUGCUUUCCCAACUCUCUCUCAGGAGCUGGUGUCCCUGCCCCUGUCCUGUGGAGCGGUUGUCCCUGUGGUCCGCAAGCCAAGACACUAUGAACGCCCUGCUGCACACGCUGUCACUAUAAAACAAUUACUCUUUUAAUUUAAGUGUUUUAUGAAUAUAGUUGUUGUUUUCCCUCUGUUUGUCAGUUACCAGUGGGAGGGGAGGGAAGGGGGUGGGAGAAUCUGUGCAUGCAAAUGUAUUUAAAGUGCGUUGACCAAAGUUUGUUGGUUUUUUGUUUUUGUUUUUUUUUUUUUGAAUCUGUGAAGUUUUCAUAUCUGUGAAGUCAUCAGACUGCUGGGCAGUGAGGAGCCGCUGGUGCUGCUGAGUCUGUCUUGGUUACAUUUCUU